UCGUUCAUUCACAAAGUAACUGAACUUUACAGAUUUGUUUGUAUUUAUUCUUUUUGUCUUAUUUUCUUAUUAAAAUACCAUUUAUUUGUAGUUGGAAAAUGUCUUCUCCAACGGAAGAAAGCGUGCGGCGUAAUAGCGAAAGCGAGGCUGGUGAUGCGGAGACGCCUGAACACGACCCUCAUUAUGAGCCUAUCGUGUCGUUACCGCUCGUCGACAUUCAGACUAAUGAGGAGGAAGAGGAGGAACUGGUUAAAAUUCGUGCCCGGCUCUACAGAUACGACACUGCUGACCAUGAGUGGAAGGAACGUGGGACAGGAGAUAUCAAAUUAUUACGCCACAAAGAAAAUAACACUGUGAGAGUAGUCAUGAGACGUGACAAGACAUUGAAGGUGUGUGCCAACCACUUCAUCACGCCAGACAUUAGGAUGAACGUCCACUGUGGCUCGGACAAAGCAUUCAAUUGGUCUGUCUUUGCGGAUUAUGCUGAUGAGAGAUGCAAGCAAGAGUUGCUUGCCAUCAAAUUUGGAAACCCACAGAAUGCAGAACUAUGGAAAACGAAAUUUGCUGAAGCCCAAGAAAUAGUUCGAACAAAAUGUAGUCUUUACAACGACCAGUCUUCAGAUGAGGAGAGCAGCAUCACCCGCAGUGAGGACACUGACACUCCGGAGCCCAAGAGCUCGGACAAAGCGGACAAUCCCUCGGAAAAAGAUGCAGAGGGUGUUGUACUAAAACUAAAAGAACUCAAAGUGGAAAGUGAAAAGUCAGAUUAACAAUGAAAUAUAAUAAAUACAUAAAUAAGAG